UCGUUAAAAUAUUUAAAAGUUUUUUAAUAAAGGGUACUAAAAGCUUUAUAUUGUUUUUAUUUAAAGUGUAAUUAUUUAUGGAAUCUUUAUUACAGUCAUGACGAUCUGGAUGAUGAAGAUGAUCUUACUCAUGGCAGUUCGGCGAAAACUGAUAAACAGGAAGAUUUUCAUCAGAUGCUCAACGAUUGGCAGGAUCACUUGUCUUCUAUGAAGACUUUUGACGAGGAGCACCCAGAUUCUUCUGCAAUUUUGACUGGGCUUCAAAACUCUGUGAUAGAUGAAUUGUUACCUGAGCAUUCGUCAGAACCUAUUAAAAUUAAGCAGGAGUAUCCAAGUGAAUCAUGUUCUAGUCAGAUAGCAUGUAGAAAAUUAGUCGAAGAAGAAAUCGAAUCUCCAGUAAAACGAAUCAAGAGAAACUCAGUAUGUGCUCUCGUAGCCGAUGAUGCUAGGAGCUUACUAGAACAGUUCGAAGCUUCGGAAAUUAUUUGUUCAAACAAAGGAAUCAAAGUUGAAAAAAUAAACAACGAAAUCACUUGCGAUGCAUCGUCUGUCAAAAUGGUCGACACCAAAAAGGAGGAUAGUGGUGAAUCUAUUCAAUUAGAUCACGACUAUUGCAAUGGAGUAUCUGGCUCUGAGAAGUCGGCAGUACUUUCUAAAAACUUCUAUCAUUCCACUGCAGCUGACUAUGGACAAACUAAUUAUUCACGCUUACCAGAAUAUUACGCAGCUCUAGCUCCUCAAAAAUCACUUCAUUCGAAAUCAAUCAAAGAUUGGUCUGAUAAAAAUUCAAAGAAGGAUUCUGGCCUUGAGUCUGGUGAUGUGAGUGAUGCCAGUGAAGAGGUGGUACCUCGAGCCUUCAAAAACGUGCCGAUGGUUUCCGUAUUGAAGCGCAAUCAUUUGCCCAAAGCGGCGACCCCUCCAUCUGCUGCAGUCGAUCCAAAAGACACGCAAGUCAUAGAGACAGCAACUCAACUCGAUGUUGAAAAUCAACCGUUGCCAAGGAAAAGAAAACUGAAUCUUGAAGAGUACAGGAGCAGGAUAGAAGAAAGAGAAAAAGAAGAAGGCCCAAUUCCAAUUACCAAAAAUAAUAAAAGUUGGGGUGCUCAAACUGCUGAGCAAAAAAUGGAGCAAAAGUCUGUAACUGAAACUGCAAGCUCUCCUAAGAAAGUUGAAGUAAAGAGUGUGGAAGUGCAGGCCACUCCUGAGGAAAUUAUUAAUGCUACAUCAGCUGCUACAGAAAGUGUUUCGAAAAGCAAGAGCAGGAGAAGUGGUGCCGAUGCUGGCGCUGAUAGUCCGAGGCGUCGUCGACACUACAGGAGUCGCAGAGUCAGCACUUCUAGUUCAACAAGUACGGAUUCUAGGCUCAGUCGGCACCGCUCUCACAAGCGAGCGAAAACAUCCAGAAGUAAUAGGCGGUCCUGGUCAAGAUCUAGAGGUAGGAGAUCAUGGUCACGGUCACGGUCACGGUCACGUUCUAGAUCUUCUUCAGCCUGUUCAACUUGUUCAACGUGUAGUUCCAUAUCAGUAAGUUCUAGAAAUCGGUCUCGAACAAGUAGUAGAUCUCGUCGUCAUGGACGCCACCAACCACUGUGGAAAACGAAAGACAGGUUCAGCAGGACGCUCAAGCCUCAUGAGCGACGUAGGAGGCGUAGUCAAUCAUCAAGGUCUUCCAAUAGAAGUAGUAGGGAUGCGCCGAGGCUGGACGAAAGGGACCAGGCUGAGAAAAUAAGGCAGGUUGAGGAGAGGAGAGUCAUUUAUGUUGGCAGAAUUGAGGAAGGCACUACCAAAGCCGACCUGAGACAGAGAUUCCAAGUAUUUGGACCAAUUGUAGAUAUAAGUGUGCACUUCCGAGACCAUGGUGACAACUAUGGAUUUGUCACAUUCGCUUACAAAGUUGAUGCCUAUGAGGCUGUUGAGCAUGGUAAUAAUGACAAGUCGCUGCCUCAGUACGAUCUCAGCUUUGGAGGAAGGAGAGCUUUCUGCAAGCAACGUUAUGCUGACCUAGACAUUGAAAGGAACAACAGGUCGUACCAGGGUGGUGGCGUGUUGGGUCAACAUGGCUCCAACGACUCGUUCGACGCGCUGCUGCGUGAAGCUCAAGCCAAACUGCGCAAGCGAUCAUCAGUCUGACGUCUGACCCACCCUCCCCACUAUUGGUGCUCAUCAGUGUCUCUCAUACAGUUGAUCAGUUUCAUCAUUCAAUUGAUUCUUUGACAUAAUUCUAUUACUCGGCAACUUGUUAAUUUUUAUUUUUUCUUAAGUUAUCAAUAAUACCCUGUUGUGUUUUAUGAAGCAAUUUUAUUCUUGAAAACUCGCUGAUUUUGUUCAAGAAAAUAUUCAUGAUCAAUGAAAAUUAUCAAUGUAUCACUAACUGAAGGCUAAAUUGUUUGAUAACAUUUUUAUAAGUAGGCCUAAAAAGUUUGGAGAAUCAUGUGAUUUUCCAAUAAAUUGCACUGUUUUUCAAACGCGAUGUGACUACUAUAUCUUCAAAGACAAAUGUUUCGGUUUCGGCUCACCUCACGUAUAGGAAACAAGUAUCUGUUGGAAAAAUGGACUGUACCUAAUUUUCUUACAUGUCAAGAUCCACAGAUCACUUUAUGUCUUCUGGUUCGGAAGAUAUUUAAUAUAUAUAUAUAUUGUUUCUGGUAGACCCAAAAAAUGCUUGUUAUGUGUUUGUUGUACGACUUCGAAAUAAUGAAUAAUCUAGAGUAUUUAGAUUAAUACAUUUAUAUCCACGGGUUUGAAAUAGAAAUAUAAUUAUUGUGGUAGUAUCAAGUUACUACAAUCAUCGCUGGUAGGAAAAUGUUCUAGAUGAAGAUAGAAGGAAAAAUGAGAAUAUGCAUUGAUUAGAUUAUUUAAUUGCCAUCAAAUGCAUGCUAAUUUUAUUGAUUAUAAUAUGUCUUUUAUGUUGAACUAUUUGCUCCACACAAAUAUUUUGUUCCAUUGCCCUGAAAUAUAGGUACUAUAUUAAAAAUCGACCAACACAAAAAAUAAUGGUUGAAGUAGUAAACAACGAAAUAAUCAAAACUAGGAAUGUAAUCACGGAAUUUUUCAUUAUAAAUCAAUCAUGAUGUCAGCUGUUUCAUUUCAGGUUUUAUGUAGGUCCAAAAUAUUUGUUUAUUUUAUUGGUUUAUAAUAUAGUAUUUUUAAUGAAAUUGUACUGUGUUCAAACUUGCAUUUCACAUUAGUCGUAACUCUAGAUGAAACAUAAGCUACUUUACGACUAUGACUGUAAUGUACGAUUUGCAACAUGAGUUUUGUUGAAUUUUAUUGUAGAUUAUAAACUAGAUAAUAUUAUUGACCAUGUAAAUAACUUACUCCGCUUUGCAUUAUGUCGUGGGUUGUGUUAUAGAAGAAAACUUGUAUCGUUUUUUACAUCCGUUAUCAAUUGCCGGGGCUUUGUUAACUUUGAUAAAAUUGUUGCUAAAAACUCUGUUAUUUAAACAUCAUGCUAUAGUACUUUUUCAGAUUCUUAAAAAAUCAAUUGGUCUCCUAUAAUUAGUAUAUUACCUUUGUUGAGACAGAUCAACUCCAAGUGUAAGAUAGAUUCAAUUUUUUUAGAGGAACUUUUAGCCUCUAAUUUAACCUUAUAUAAUAUAUUCAAUGUCAUUUUAUUCUGCAAUUUAUUGUUUUCAUCUUUCUCCGGCUCAAAUUUAUUAGUUGCUGUUCUUAACGCAUCUUCAAAAAAUAUCUAAAAUUCAAAUCAGUUAUUUUUACUUUCUUCUAUGACCAAUGUUCUACUGAAUUCAAACGCGUGUCAUUCUUUCUACUUAUGUAAUUACUGGCUACAAUGUAUGUCUUCUAUAUCUGCUCAAGAACUGUUUCUGUUUAUAUUACGUAGUAGAUGUAAGUUUUCAAUCUGUGAUAGGAUAUGUUUGAUUUAGGUGUUGAUUUUUAACGUCAGAUUGGUUCGUAGGUUGAUGUUGAUCAUUAAUGAGAGGGUUAUGUUUCCUAACUAAUUCAGAAUUACACUAGCGAAGAUUUUAAGUUUUUAACUUGAUUGAUUAAAUGAAUAGAAUUGUAUGCCAAUUUGAAAUUGACAAGUUAACAUAGACGUAUCAAUUCAAAACUACCUUUGGAGACUUAUAAAGUCAGAUUGAAUACUUUUGUUGCCAUUACUAUUGAGAAUAAGUUUAUUUCACAAGUAUCAUAACUGUAUUAUCUAUCGAAUAUCUACAUUGUGUAAAUAUCAAUCAAAUAAUCAUUGAAUACUUAAUCAUAGUUAUAACAAUAGCUAUUUUUCAUUAUGUUUCUAUUUAAAUAUCUUAAGCAUGUUAUAGCUGGUUUGAUUUAUUAUGAAGAAUAUUAUUUUAGAAGUAAGAGAUUUGAAAAUAUAGUCAGUCAACUGACAAUGAACUAUAUUUUGAGCCAUUUUAUAAUUAAUUCAUUUUAUUUCAAUUCAACUUCGUUAAGGCGACUGAUUUUAAUAUAAUUCAAUCAGGUGUCCUUUCAAAUUGUAUUGUAUUGGUUGAUUCUGCUUUUAAAUUACAGAUUGACAAUUUUUUUAUAAUUAACAACUAUUUUGUGACAAUUAAACAAGAAAACGUCUAAUGCUACAAAUAUUGUGUUAACUGAAGAGUUGAGUUUUAGUGCUUCGAUUACUUGGUUGAAAAUAAGUCUGUUUACAGAUGUCUGAUUUUGGAACUUGAAAGAACUCAUCAACAAAGGAAUGCAUAAUUUUGAUGUACGAGUUCUUGUUAUUUUUUAUGGUUUGAAAUCAAUUUAACUCUGUUGGAAUCAGAUGUAAUUUGUGUUAGUUGAUUAUGCAUAUUUUUAAUUACCGUUCUUAAAUCAAUAGUUAGGGGAUCACCUGAAUAAGACAAAAAGUAGCACUUAAAUCAUGUAUUGAAUGAUUGUUAUUAUGUUCAUGUAAUUGAUCAAUAAAUCCGAAGAUUUUAUUUAAA